UGUCAAAUCAAAUAAAUUCAAAGAACCUGUUUUUAAUUCCGUCAUGAUAAAGGAAGUUCAUCAUUAGAAAGUGUAUCAUUGUAAAAAAUAUACCUAAUAGUAAAAACACUACGAUAAACCAAACAAUUCAUAAUCUCUCUAUCCGUCUCAAAAUAUUAUCUAACGCCUCUUCUAAAAAGUGUACAUCUUUAAAACGUAUUUUAUCUUUAACAUUCACUAAUACCACACUAAACCAUUGUAGGGUUAUCUCUGUGUACACUUAACACUGACUUAAAAAACGAAAAGCAAAAUGAACACUGUUCGUGAAUUUUCGAACGUAGGAUGGAGUGUUACAACGCAUCAUGUGUGACUCCAACGACGGGGACUGCUCUUCAAGUCUUCGCGUCAGCCUUACAGUUCUUUGCAGCUGCACAAUGUGCAAUAUCAGAAGGAUUAAUAGCAGAUUCUAACGUUCAAGAUAAUGAAGAGUUUGACUUCAUAAUAGUUGGAGCUGGAACUGCCGGUAGUGUUCUAGCAAACCGACUGAGUGCUAUAGCCGAAUGGAAAAUAUUACUACUUGAAUUUGGCGGUGAUGCCCCCAUCGAAGCUGAUAUUCCAGGUCUGGACAAAGCAAUGUGGAAAACCAGAUAUGAUUGGGGUUACGUAACUAAUGACAAUGGAGUAACGAACCGCGCUCAUAUUAAUGGAUCCAUUAAUUGGCCUCGAGGCAAAAUGAUGGGAGGCAGUAGUAACCUUAACGCUAUGAUAUACAUUCAAGGAAAUGAUCAAGAUUAUCAAAAUUGGUACGAUGCAGGUAACACUGAUUGGAGCGUAAAAGAAGUGCGCAGAUGCUUCAAAAAAGCUGAAAGCUUUCAAAAUAUGGAAGCGUUGAAAAAUCCGAAAAUCAAAGAUCACUAUGGCCUAAAAGGACCAUUAGUUAUAAACAAAUACAACAGCACCUUUGCAUCCAUUUACUCAAGGCUUCUAUCUGCAUGGAACGAAAUUGGAAUUAAAAAUGUUGAUGACUUAAAUGUCGCGAACGUACUUGGAUCAGGAAUUUUAACAUGUACAGCUGCUAAUGGAGAAAGGCAAAGCCAUAACAAAGCAUACCUGAACCCCAUACUACACAGAUCAAACCUAAAAAUACAAAAAAAUACUUUGGUCACAAAAGUAUUAAUAGAUCCUUCUAGUAAAACUGCUUACGGGGUAGAAGUAUUGCAAGGCUCGCAGAACUUUACGUAUUACGCUAGCAAAGAGGUUAUCAUAAGUGCAGGAGCUAUAAACUCACCUCAACUUCUGAUGUUAUCUGGAGUUGGCCCAGAAGAACAUCUAAGUUCAAAGAAUAUUUCAGUAAUAGUUGAUUCACCAAUGGUGGGACAAAACCUACAAGAUCAUUGUAUUAUACCUAUAAUAAUGUACGCUGACGAGCCAGGUGAACUGAACAAUGCGGAACAACAAUUUGGUGUCAUACAGUAUCUUUACAACCGCACAGGAUAUUUAGCACAAAAUAGUUUCGCUGACGUACUGGCAUUUUUCUCAGACACACGAAGAGCCACUUACCCAAAAUUCCAAACUCAUUUUUCACUAUUUUGGAAAAAUAGUUCCUUAAUUCAACAAGCUUUGAAAAUACGUUUCAGAUACAAAGACGAAGUUGCAGACCCAAUUAUUGAACUAAAUAAGAAAUAUGCAGUUUAUAUGCAACUGUUCAAUCUUUUGCAUCCAAAAUCCACAGGGAACAUUACCUUAAAUUCAAAUGACCCUAGAGAUUAUCCAAUCAUUAACCCAAAUUAUUUCUUUGAUCCCAGAGAUUUAGAAACAGCAGCAACGGGCAUAAAGAUACUCACUAAAAUACAAAAUACCAAGGUUAUGAAAGAAAUUAACGCCUUCUUGGGUAGGAUGGAGUGGGGACCAUGCAACGUGUAUGAAUUGGAUAGUAGAGAGUACUGGAAAUGCGUUUGUUUAGAAAUGGUGCUUACGGUGUAUCAUCCUGUAGGAACCUGUAAGAUGGGACCUGAUCCAAAGACUUCAGUCGUGAGUUCUCGGUUGAAAGUACAUGGAGUAAAUAAUCUCCGAGUAGUAGACGCUAGUAUUAUGCCAACACUUACUAGUGGCAAUACCAAUGGACCGACAGGGAUGGUAGCAGAAAAAGGGGCUGAAAUGAUACUAGAGGAUUACAAGAAAAGACAGUGACAUAAUGUGGUAGUAAAUAAGUAUGUAAGUAAACGCGUAUUAGCAAUGUUGCCGACCCCUUGUCUGGAUUAUUGAAAGUCAUCAUUUUACAUAAUUUUCUAAAUCUAUGGUUAUUUAAUAUUAUGCAAAUAUGUUUUGAAGAAACUAUUCUGCCUACUCUUUAUUAUUGCUUGACAUGUUAAGGAAUUCUCGAGAUCGAGUAUUUUUUUUUUUUACUAUGAUAGUGAGCUUUUGUUUGCCAUUAUAACUAGGUAUCAAGUGAAUACUUCUUUUAUAUCCCAUAGAACCUUUUAUGAAAACCGUGUAGGAGGAAUGCGAAAGCAAAUAUCAAUCAAAAUAACAAUCAAAAUGAAACCUACACAGUGUGUUUUUAUGAUGUUGUGAUUUAUCAUCUAUUCAAAAUAUAUAUCACCUUUUGUAAUCUGAAUAAAUCAUAAUGUGUGUC